AUGGUAACCUCAACAAAUUAUUCAUACUUUGUAUUCAGUGCCUACUUUUACAGCAACAAUUUUAAAUAUUUAUUUUUUGUGAUUAUUAUGUUCUAAUAUAUUUUUAUUCUCACUGCCAAUCUUCUGCUCAUUGUGGUUAUCUGUAUGAACAGAAGCUUACAUGAACCUAUGUACCUUUUUCUGUGCAGCCUGUUUGUAAAUGAGCUGUAUGGUAGUACAGGGUUGUUUCCAUUCCUUCUGCUUCAGAUUCUCUCUGACAUUCACACUGUUUCUGCUCCCUUUUGCUUCCUGCAGAUUUUGUGUUUAUUUACAUAUGGAAGUAUAGAAUUUGCCAAUUUAGCCAUCAUGUCUUAUGACAGAUAUCUUGCUAUCUGUUAUCCUUUACAAUAUAACGCACAUAUGACAUUUAAGAAGGUUGUCUUGCUUAUUGGUGUAUCAUGGUUAUACUCAUUUCUUAUAAAUGCUGUCACAUUAUCUUUAAGUAUCCCUUUACAGCUGUGUGGGAACAUCAUUAACAAAGUCUACUGUGACAACUACUCUAUCAUAAAACUAGCUUGCUAUGACACCAGUGUGAAUAAUGUCUAUGAACUCAUUGCUUUUUCUCUCACAGUCUUUGCUCCGAUGUCUGUAAUCUUUUACACGUACAUGAGGAUUCUUAAAGUUUGUUUUUCUGGUUCUAAACAGACCAGACAAAAAGCUGUCAGUACCUGCACUCCUCACCUUGCUUCUCUCUUGAACUUUUCUUUUGGUUGUUUCUUUGAAAUAUUACAGAGUAGGUUUAAUAUGAACAGUGUACCAAACAUGUUGCGAAUAUUUAUAUCUUUAUAUUUCCUUACAUGUCAGCCCCUUUUGAAUCCUGUGAUGUAUGGACUGAAUUUGACCAAAAUCCGUAUCAUAUGUAAAAGUCUAAUCUUUGCUAAAAUGUAA